AUGAAAGACCCUCGGGCGUCGAAGCGGAGAAGAGUCUCCGAAGAACCCUCCGAAGACGGUGACGGAGACAUUGCAAUGGAAAGCGACGCUGCAUAUUCAUCUCCAGCGGCCGCUGACGACUCCGAAGAAGACGAAGACUACCGCGGACCCCGAAAAUCCGCCUCACGACGUCGAUCGACUCGAGGCGGAAACAACAAGGUACCGACCGGUCUAGAGGAUGAUAGUGCACAACAACCAGAAACACCCUCAAGGGGCACACGCUCAAGUGGUCGCCAACGCAAAACUCCUGCAAAGUACGAAGACGAUGCCCCGACUCCAUCUUCGACUCGCAGGGCAGCUGCCACACCACGAAGUACCCGGGCGACGAAGAGUGCAACAAAGUCGAAACAAAAGCCAGUGGCGGGCGACUCUGAUCUUGAUGUUGAGAUGGAGUCCCCGAAACCCACAGCUUCGGUUUCUAGGACGAGAUCUCGACGGAGUACUGCUAGAGGAAGGGCACAGCGCGGCGCAGAAAAUGAGGAACUCGACAGAUCCGCGUCACCGGAAUAUCAUGACGGUCUGGAUGAUCUCGUCGCGAUGCAACUUCAGCAAGAUCUUCAAAACCAGCCGGAGGCGCAAGAAGUUGUCGAGGUCAUCGAGGAAGAACCUCUUCCUGAGACCGUUCUGGAGAAACUCUCUGGCAAGCGACAGAUUCCCCUCCAUGGACUUGAAGCCGAAUAUAACAAAGCCAACCACCUGAUCGAACAGACCGUGACAGUUGGCGAGGGAAAUUCGAUGCUUCUUCUCGGCUCGCGUGGAUGCGGGAAAACAGCCAUGAUUGAAACGAUCAUUUCUUCACUUGCUAAAGAACACAGCAAUGAUUUCCAUGUCGUUCGUCUGAAUGGUUUCCUUCACACCGACGAUCGCCUUGCUGUUCGUGAGAUGUGGCGUCAACUUGGCCGUGAGACUAACACCGAGGACGACACUGCUAAGGUGAGCUCCCAUGCCGACACUAUGGCAACUUUAUUGGCUCUUCUGUCCCAUCCUGAAGAGUUGAAUGGGAACACUGUGACGGCGGCGAAGUCCAUUAUCAUCUUGCUGGACGAGUUUGAUCUAUUCGUCACGCAUCCCCGACAGACUUUGCUAUAUAACCUAUUCGAUAUUGCCCAGGCACGAAAGGCGCCUAUCGCAGUAAUCGGGUUGACCACCAAGGUUGAUGUAACCGAGAUGCUGGAGAAGAGAGUCAAGAGUCGGUUCAGUCAUCGAUAUGUCUACAUCCCCCUCCCAAGAACCUAUGAUAUCUUUUCGGACAUCUGCAAAGCGAGUCUGGAUUUGAACGAGGACGAAGCCCAGCAGAUCACAAACCUUCUUAACUCUGAGAAUACCGUUCUGGAUAGCAAUCGCUGGCAAACACUGCUUGGGGGGUGGAAUGAAUAUCUGAAGCACAUGUGGGAGGACAAAGACUUUCAAUUCCACCUCAAGAGGAUAUACAACCAGACCAAAUCCGUAAAGGAAUUUCUCACCAGCGCAAUCCUCCCCAUAACCGACCUCCACCUCAGCACCCACGGCAUCGACCAACCGUCCGUCAAAAUCCCAACACCCAAACACUUCAGCUCCCAAACCCUCUCUUGCCCCGACCCAGCCCCACUCCCAUUCUCAACAUCCGUCUCAGCCUCAUCAAGCUCCUCGUCCCUCCCACUGGCCCUACUAGUAGCCGCCACCCGCCUGGCCGCUCUGUUCGAUCCUGGAAACGAAGGCAUGCAAGCCCAGAGUCUGUCACCACUGGCGCUCUCUUUCCCCGCAGCUUAUGCGGAAUAUGUGCGACUCCUCACUUCCGCUAAGACUUCUGCGUCUGUUUCUGGCGCGGCGGCUACGGCUGGUCGGGUCUGGGGGAGAGAUGUUUCGAGAGAGGCGUGGGAGAAAUUGGUUACUUGGGGUCUUGUUACUCCUGUUGGUUCUGGGAAUGGUACUGCUGAUGGACAGAUGUUCCGGGUUGAGAUUAGUUAUGAGGAGGUUAUUGAUAUGGCUGGUUCUGGUGGCUCAUUGGGACAAUGGUGGCGGGAUGGUUGA